GAGAGCGCGCGGGUGUAGUCAGGAGGAAAUGGUAUGCAGUUCAGGCUGCUCUCUUCCUCCUCCUCCUCCGGGUCCCGUAGCGAUCCUCCUGUCUGUUGCUAUUCGCACCGACAGCAGCCCGUAAAGUGAAACACGGAGCUCUGAGGUACUCAUCCUGGACCUCUCUCCUCCCGACAUGCCCCAGCGAGGCGGCUAAAAACGGUUACCGGCUGACGAUGGCUUCGGUGCGGGCGGUGUGCAAAGUUGCGGCGGGACUCGUGGGAAGUGUUCAGACCCUACGCUGCGGUCUCAGACCCGCUCGCCCGGUUACAUUUCUACACCAGGUUCAGCACAGAAGGCCUCCGCUUGGAAGUUAUCCAGCUCUUUUCUACGCUACAAAUGCUCCCUCUAGUGAAGAUGCAUCUUUGAAGUACAAACAUGGGCGUUUGGUUCUGGAAGUCCCCUUGCCAUCCAGGAAUGAGAAGUGUCUGUUUUUUUUAAGGCCCAUGUUGAUGAGCGUGGGCGACUUGAUCGGCGAUCUGCAGAAAGAGGACCCAGGAGCUACCGCCUCAGUUCUCUCUAAAGAUGGGGAGCGCAUUGCCAACAGCACGCUGAUCGAUGCCCUGCUGGACAAGGACUUUCAGCUUGUCAUCAACAAUACAGUUUAUAAUGUCUGCGCUCCUGAAAAGGUGUGUGCAUCUGCUGAGCACGCUAUGGAGCUGGAGGACAUGAAACAUGUCGUGCACCUGCUGCACACAGCGCUCCACCAGCCUGAACACCAGCUGCUGAAGGAGAGGGAGCUCCUGGAGAAACUGGACAACCUCAAACAGGAGCUUUCUCCUCUGGAGAAGAUGAAGGCAGACCUGUCCGGUAAAGCAGACUUCCAGACGUCCAGGGCUCUGUAUGUUGGCCUGGCGCUGCUGUCCGUGCAGGGCGGCGCUCUGGCCUGGCUCACCUGGUGGGUCUAUUCGUGGGACGUCAUGGAGCCCGUCACGUAUUUCAUCACCUACUCGACCAGCAUGGGAGCUUUUGCCUACUAUAUCCUCACCAAACAGGAUUAUGUAUACCCGGACGCCCAGGACAGGCAGUUCCUGCGUUAUUUUUAUAAGGGGGCCAGGAAAAAGAGAUUCAACGUGGAAAAAUACAAUGAACUCAAAGACAAGCUGGCUCAGGUGGAGGAAGACCUGAGGCGUCUGAGAUAUCCAACCCAACUCCAGCUACCAAUUGAACAAAUCCAGCCAAAGCCAUAAAUGAAGCCAAGCCAUGAAUGAUGGUCCCUCAAACUUUAACAGAGGAAAAACAAAACUAAUUUUCCUGCUUUAUUUUGAUAAUAGCAUCUUUUUAUCUCAAAUCCAUGAAAUUGUUUUCUUUAAGUAUUAAUAAUGAUGCCAAUUAUUUAAUCAAAAGAAAAAAAAUAGAACAAAGAUUGAUUGCUAAUGAAAUGAAAUGUUUCCCAAACCCCAUUUGAAUCUGGUGUCUUCCUGGUCUGAUUGUGUGAUUGUGAAGCGCUUUGAUUAAAUCUGUAUCGCAGCCGUUACAGGAUUAU